AUGCCAGUACAACAGAUAACUGUGGUUCCGGCCAGGGAGACAGCCAGCAACAGCAAGAGCACUUCUCGCUCCAAAGACAAGAACGAGGGGAGGAAAGCCCCUGGGCGCUCAGGGAGUCGAUCCAGCAACAUCUCCAAGGCCAGCAACUCUACAAUCGGGCUAACUACAGCUUCAAGGACAUCAGUCACCCCGUCUUCUCAGGACAUAUGCAGUUCUGGCCAACUAACCCGCUUAGCGGAGGAUGCUUCUGAGUUGUUCAAAUCCAGCAAGCACACAACCACAGCUGUGAUGACAGUCACCAACACCACUCUGGGCUCGUCGGCUCAGGCCCAGAAGAAGCAGGUGAAGCGUCGUCACCGCCGCAAGAGGGGCAGCUGCACCGCCUUUGACUGCGUGGAGACCAAAGUCAAACCGGAGCAGACGGACCGCAGUGACCGCAGCCCCAGCUCAGACCGCAGUGAGAGGGGGGAGAAGAGGCAGCGCUCAAUCAAGAACCGGAGGGAGCUCCCACCUCGCCUCCGUGGCUCAGGUGCCCCCCACCCAGACUCCACCUCUGAGGACGAGGCGCAGCGUGAGGCCCGCAGCUGGAGCAAGGAGAAAGCCCGGAGAGCGCGCCGCCGCAGCGGAAGCAAAGGAAGGGAAGACAAAGCAGAUAUGGAGCUGCAGUCGGUGGGCUCGGACGAAGGGAAGGAGAGUCAGCCUCCGGUGGAAGACAGCGGAGGGCUUAAGAAGCGGCACAGCGGCAGGGGCUCGAAGACAGACGGCCAGGUGUCACAGAAGGAAGGAUCACAGAGCAGAGAUAAGGAGAAGAGCUGCAAAGGCCACAAGGUAUGCCCGGGGGGCAGCUCCUCACUGGCAGAGGACGGCGAGGAGCUCAUCACCAAACGAUACCAGGAAAAAGGGUCAGGGAACGGGGACAUGUCUGUGCCCAUACCACAGAAACAAUGCAGUGUGAACGGUAGCAUGCCGCAGCACUGCUCUGACGACUCCGAGCUGGAGGUCUGCAGGAUCUGCCACUGUGAGGGGGAUGACGAGUGCCCGCUGAUUAUGCCUUGUCGAUGUACGGGGAGCCUGAGUUUCGUCCAUCCGGCCUGUCUCAACCAGUGGAUCAAAUCCUCAGACACACGCUGCUGUGAACUUUGCAAAUUCGACUUCAUUAUGGAGACAAAGCUCAAACCUUUGCGGAAGUGGGAGAGGCUACACAUGACAAAUGGCGAGAGGAGAAAGAUCUUCUGUUCAGUAAUGUUUCACCUGAUAGCGAUAGUGUGUAUAGUGUGGUCAGUGUACGUUCUGGUCAAGAGAACUGCUGAAGAGAUCCGACUCGGGAAGAAUGGUAUACUGGAGUGGCCCUUCUGGACCAAGCUGAUUGUGGUGGCCAUCGGCUUCACCGGCGGCCUCAUCUUCAUGUACAUCCAGUGUAAGAUCUACCUGCAGCUGUGGCGCCGCCUCAAGGCCUUCAACCGCAUCAUCACUGUGCAGAACUGCCCCGAGAAAAACCUGCACAACUCUCAGGCCCGGCCCAGCGCUCUGACCAACGGCAGGCACGAAACCCUGGAAGUUCCCGUCAGCCCGGCCCCGGAUCCAGAGCCGCAGGACUCGGACAUGUCAGUGGAGGCAGCGGUGGCGCCCGAACAAAACCCCGUCUGA